AUGCUGCCAUGUCCAGACAGACGGUUUACCCAGGCCGCUGCAUUUCUGGCCCUCAGCUCAACAGCUGCCGCCGAAUUCGUCCUCUUCACUUGCCCUCCUAUUGGUUACCAAGCCAAUUUGCUUGCUCGAAAUGGGAAGAUGCGUGAUUCUCCAGUUCACACAGUCCCAGCAGAUUUCACGCCAACUCACGGACACAUGUGCAUAAAAACACACUCAGGUGCAAACGAUGACAGUCGAUUAGCCAUGCAUCAGUCACCAGCACUUUAG